AUGCGCGCCCGCGAACUUGCUUCGCACUCUCCAGAGCCAGCAAGCAAAAGACGACGUAUUUCAACCUCCCCCGUGCGGGGUGGUUCUUUCGAAAAAAUGGCUUGCGAUCACCCCACCCUUCAACUCACCCCGAUCGAGUAUACCUUACAAACCCUUCUGCUUGAUGUCGCGCAAUACAUACAUGAUAAGAGAUCAAUCGACGGAAAUAGCGAUGAGAGUAAUCGCGCCGAAACUGUCCUACGAUUCACGGGCGGCUGGGUGAGAGACAAGCUGCUCGGGGUGGAGAGCCACGAUAUCGAUGUGGGAAUUAGCAAUAUGACCGGUUACCAAUUCGGCAUGCAGUUGAAGGAGUACCUGGACGAUCCGCAAAACCUUGAAAAAUACAAGAAGACUUUACCAAACGGGGAAAUGCAUGAUGCAAUUGUGAGCCUACACAAAAUCGAAGCCAAUCCCGAAAAGUCAAAACAUUUGGAGACGGUCACUACCCGAAUUUUUGGGCUGGAUAUCGAUUUGGUUAAUCUGCGGAAAGAGACAUACUCGGAAGAUAGUCGAAACCCACAGAUGGAGUUUGGCACAGCAGUGGAAGAUGCUUUGCGAAGAGACGCCACCAUCAAUGCUCUGUUCUACAACUUGAACGAAUCGAAGCUGGAAGAUCUUACCAAGCAAGGGCUGGAUGAUAUGAAAAAGCGCUUGAUUCGUACUCCACUCGAGCCAUACCAGACAUUCAAGGAUGACCCGCUCCGCGUACUUCGUUUGAUUCGAUUUGCCAGCCGACUGGGCUACGCAAUUGACCGCGAAGCAGAGGAUGCAAUGCAGAACGAAGACAUCAGAGUUGCACUAAAGCUGAAAAUCAGCAAGGAGCGCGUUGCAACUGAGCUGGAAAAAAUGUUAAAAGGACCCGACCCUCGAGGCGCUUUGGAGUUCAUUGACAAACUCAAUCUUUACCCAACAAUCUUCGCCAACCACCAGGAUGAAGUAACGACCGACACUUCUACCUGGCCUCUUGCCUACAAUGCGCUACCAAGACUAUUGCAGCUAGGCCCGGAUGAUGCGGUGGAGCUCCUGGUACGCGACAAGGCCAGUGUCUACUAUGCCUGGAUGAUCGCUGCUUUUGCUCCAUGGACGUCCAUUCCGCCUCGCGCUUCAUCCGGCCCCAAACAUAAACCUCUCCCGACUCGCGCUGUCGAGGUUGGUAGAGACAGUCUUCGCACCGAUAACAAAACCCUUCAAAUCCUUCGUGAUGCAACCUCAAAUUACAAAGACAUCACUGCUUGUAAAUCUGCCUUGAGGUCAAAGUCUCUCAGUGGUACUCCGGCCGAGAUCAGGCAGCAGGUUGGACUGCGUAUUCGGUCCUGGGGCAAGGAUUGGAAACUGUGUGUGGUCUUGGCCAUACUUCAAGAAGUCAUGCAGGGACGUGACUUCAGCGAGGUGGUCCCGGAGUACAAUGACUUUAUCGCAUAUAUCGUAGGAAAUGAUCUGGAGCAUGUAAAUUCUCUCGUUCCAGUUGUCAAUGGUGGUGAAAUCAUACAGCAUCUAGGAGGCAAAAAGGGACCGUGGAUGACCAAAGCGACCACAAUGGUAGUAGAGUGGCAACUUCUGCAUCCCGACACUGAUAAGAACGCGACUCUGGAAGAGAUCGCGAGACGUCGUGGAGAGUUAGGGCUGUGA